AUGAUGGACGUGGAGAAGUUUCGCAGCACAAUGAAGAAGAAAGAAGAAGAGCUUUCGAGCGAUGAAUUUAUAGAACUUGAAAUGCGCCGGAAGCUAAACGAUUUGGAACGUUGCGCCCUUCAACAACAUGAAUGGAAUUUGAAGAGGCACACUAGAGACACUGUAAUGAAGUGUCUUAGUGUACUCAACCAACAGCAUAGAAAGCUUGGAAGUCUGAGAAACAUGGAUUGUAAGAGUGCUGCGUUAGUACCUCCGCUUUUAUGA